AUGCCUUCGUAUCGCACAUCGAAAGCGCUCGGCCUGCUUAUGGUCGCAGCCUCGUUCCUCCUUCUCGCCACACUCGCUACGGCACAAGACUCUUCAUUGAUACCCGACUCGAGUGCUUCGCUAUCAAGCAAGAAACACCAUAAGCAUCACAAGCAUGAGGACGCCGAAAAGCACCGUCUCGAGGAAUGGAGCAGCAUCAUGGGCUGGAUCGCUUGCUGGGUCUUGCCCUCUUUCAGUCAAAUGCAUCAAAACUACAUCUCCAAGUCCGCAGAAGGUCUCUCGAUCACUUUUGUCGUCAUCUGGCUGGCCGGUGACGCCCUCAACGCUGCCGGAGCGUGGUUCCAGGGUCUUCUCUGGACGAUGAUCAUCCUUGCGCUCUACUACUGCGCAUGCGAUUGCGUCCUCAUCUUCCAAUACUGGUAUUACCGCAAGUACUACCACCGCGGUGUCAAGAUCUCGACCAUCUCCGCUUCCCUCGAAGCCAACGAGCGCACGCCUCUCAUCGCCGAUGGCGCGGUCAUCGACGACGAUCUCUCCUCCAAGGACGAUGACGAGGACGAGUCGUCCAUCCGCAGCCAGAUCAUCAUGCACACCCUCGCCGCUCUUCUGGUCGUAGCGACGGGCGUGGCAGCAUGGUGGGUCGCCGAGCACCACUACGGCAGCGACGACGACAUCUCCCACCCUGCACCGACACCAGAGCCCGUCGGCUGGAGGUGGGAUGCGCAGGUGGCAGGCUGGCUCUCGGCCCUUCUCUACCUCUCCUCUCGCGUACCACAGAUCAUCAAGAAUCGCACCACCAAAUGCGAAGGUCUCUCGCUCGCACUCUUCGUCUUCGCGGUGGCCGGCAACCUCACCUACGUCGCGAGCAUCCUCCUCAAGAGCACAAAGCACGACUACCUCGUCGAAUCCUUCUCCUGGCUCGUCGGCAGUCUCGGCACCGUCUUCUUGGACUUCAUUGUGCUCGGUCAGUUCAUCCACUACCGCAAGGCGAGGAAGGAGAUUCACCGCUUGAGGCGGUCCAGCAUCGCACACCAGGAAAGGCCGCGUGUUACACCACAGGCAUAG